AGUGACGUCCUCGCUUGCUCUCUGAGCUCGAGAGGAGUCGGAUGGAAGCGCGCGCUUGAUCGGAACUGAAAGCUGAAGAUACCUGAGGUCUGCGCGCCACGCCAGGUACCCACACCUUACACCUGAGCCACGAAAGACAGCGUUGGACUGGAAACAAGAUCCCUUACCAGCUCACCCUCGCAGAGUCCAAAGGCGUGCCGGCUGCGUCGCACGACCUAGUUAGUGUCUGCUGGGUGGCGGUGUGUGGGUAAGCAGUGAGUGCUUCUGUAGCAGGCGGUGUCCCAGCGGAUCGUGUGUCCCACGGGUCGAGUCCCGGCUCCGCCAUGGCUGCUCCCAACCUGCAGCAACCCAGCUUCCUACUGGCCAACCUGAAAUCAGACUCCACCACCAAGCCCCUACUACAGCGAUGCCAGGACUUGGUGAAAGUCAUCAAUGACUACCCCGCCAAGGAGCUGCAUGCUGUCUUCCCCUGGCUGGUGGAGAGUGUGUUUGGCAGCCUGGACGGGAUCCUCGCCGGGUGGAACCUGCGUUCCAUUCCCUCCCGGGGCAACGGAUACAACCUAGUGCUGGACUUCCUGGACCCCAGUGGUCCGAUGAUGAAGCUUGUGUACAAACUUCAGGCGGAAGAGUACAAGUAUGAAGUCUCUGUCAGUCAUCUGCCUGGCCCGGUGAAGGUGUCCAUCCAGGAAGGCGUCCUCCCAGACUGCCCUCUGUUCCAUAACAAGCUGCAGUUUGCCAGGUCCGGUCUGCUUCCACUAAAUCCGUUUGAAUACUACAUGUUCAACUUCGCCCACAGUCUCCUCACAGUAAAGUGCAUUCCUCCAGGCCAGCAGGGGAGCUGUACGGACUCUGCCUACUUCAUGCUGGUGGACACCUACCUGAAGUACUUCCUGCCUACAGUGGGGGUAGUCCCGCCCUCUCCCUUCUCCGACUCCAGGGGAUCUGUAACCACUCCGUCUCCAAGGCCCCAGAGCGUGGCGUUUGCGGGCUACGGCGUGCACAGCCCCAGCCUCCUGAAGCACCACAUCUUCCACCAGCCCUCGGCCACGGCGGACCCGGCGGCCCAGGAGAUCUGGAGAUCAGAGACGCUGCUGCAGAUGUUUGUGGAGGUGUGGCUCCACCAAUACUCUCUGGAGAUGUACCAGAAGCUGCAGUCCCCCCAGGUGAAGGAGCCCUUCAGCCCCACGGAGGAGCACGUGAUGGUGGUGCGGCUGCUGGUGAAGCACCUCCACGCCUUCUCCUGCAGCCUGCGGCCGGGGCAGCUGACGGCCGCCCCCUCGGCCCCCUCGCCGCCCGCCCACGCCAGCCCCCUGGAGGAGUUCAAGAGGGUGGUGGUGCAGCGCUUCGUCCAGCAGAAGCUCUACCUCUUCCUGCAGCACUGCUUCGGUCACUGGCCUCUGGACGCGUCCUUCAGAGCCGUGCUGGAGACCUGGCUGAGCUACAUCCAGCCCUGGAGGUACACGGGAGAGAAGGCCCCCCCCCAGCCCGACCUGAGCCGUACCGUACCCGACCGCUGGGGUUCCUUCGUGGAGGAGAACCUGCUCAUGUACACCAAGCUGUUCCAGGGGUUCCUGAACCGGGCCAUCCGUACCGACCUGGUCAACGCCAAGAACGCCCUCAUGGUGUUCAGGGUGGCCAAGGUCUUCUCCCAGAUGAACCUCCCUGACAUGAUCCAGAAGGGGGAGCAGCUGUUCCUGGAGCCGGAGCACGUCCUCCACCACCGCCAGCCCCGCGGGGUCACCACCCCCACCCAGGGGGGCAGCUUCCUGUCGUCGCGGCAGCGGGCGGUGCCAGACUGCGUGUUCCGGGUGAAGAGCCACGUGUACGCGCUGGAGGGCCAGGACUGCCAGUACAAGCAGAUGUUCGGCCCCGACCUGCGGGGCACGGUCCUCAGGUUCAUCCAGAUGAUUGCCCAGGCCCGCCAGACGGCCAAGAGGAUCUCGGACCACUCCCAGGAGGCGGCCGCCAACACCUCCUUCCUGUCGUGGUUCGGGAUGGGCGCGGCCGACCCCAACCACACCUACGGCGGCUCGGAGCUGGACGAGACCGGGGACAACGUCAAGAAGACCCACGAGUUCCUGGACCGGGCGCUGGAGAACCUGUGCCAGAUCUUCAAGCUGAAUGCCGGGCAGCUGGGUCAGAUCAUCUCCACCCUGGGUCUGUCCCAGGACAGCGUCGGCUCCAACCAGCUGCCGGACUGCGUCCAGGGGGAGGGCGGGCUCAUCCUCACCGACCUGGGGCGCAUGCAGAUCAUCAACGGGCUGCGGCGCUUUGAGAUCCAGUACCAGGGGGACCCCGAGCUGCAGCCCAUCAGGAGCUACGAGAACGCGGCGCUGGUCCGCCUGCUCUACCGGGCGUCCUCGCUCCUCAACCAGAGGUUCGGCGGUCACAUGGCGGCGCUGUGCUCCAGGCCGGGCUUCCUGGGCCGUCUGGGGCGCCACUACCUGGAGGGCCCGGCCUCCCCGCGGCUCGCCAAGAGCGUAGUGACGCGGCGGACGCUGGAGCGCGGCCGGCGCCCCGGCCUCAGCCUGCGGCCGCUGGCCAGCUACCGCACGCUGCUGCUCCUCAUGCUGCUCUACCUGCUGGGGGCGCUGGUGUCCCUGGGGCCGGUCUGCAGCACGCUGCUGCUCCUGGCCGGGGCCCUUCUCCACGGCCUCCUCCUCACGCUGCUGGGGGACAAACUCAAGUCGCACUAGGGCCCCCAGCGCAGACCCCCCCACCAGGGGACCACCUCACACCUGCCAUUAAACGCCCUGACACUCGCCUGCAGCGUUGGUUCCAUCCUCGGCUGCGGGUUGAAGAGCUUCAGUCUGAUUUGGUUUGUUGCCGAUAAACGUUGGUGAUGGUUUCUGACGGGUGCUUCGCUCUGCAGAGGUCAAUCGCGCGUCUGAUAAGAACUCGUCCGAUCACCGGCAGAGUAUUUGCCUUCUGGACGGUGUUUCUACAGCUGUUCAGAUUUAACUUACUAGCUUUUUUGAUGGGUUUUGUAACCUAUUUUAAUGGUCUAACCUGUAAUUAUUUUUUUAUAUAUAUUUUCUUGGACCUCGUUGAAUGGUCCAGAACUUGACCAAGGCAUGGAUGGUCUAUUUUUCAGUGGACGACUGAGGAAUGUUUUGGCACAAUGUCCUCAAUAAAUCAAUCUUUUUGCAGCA